AUGUCUCUCUACUUCUACGAGCCUUCUUACCACUUUGACCGCGUCUUCGACCGGCUAUUCGACUCGGCCUUUUCGCCUUUGAUUAACAACCAGUCUUCAGUUCGAAAUGGAGACGCUGCUAGUACAGUGAAUCUACCAGUGAAGCCAAGAAUGGACUUGCACGAAAACGCUGACAAGAACACGGUCACCGCGACGUUCGAGCUACCUGGCCUCAAGAAAGAGGACGUCCAGAUCGACGUUCACGAUGGUCGAUUGACAAUCUCUGGCGAAAGCAAGGUGUCUUCAGAACACAACGAGGACGGGUAUGCCGUUCGCGAGAGGAGAUAUGGAAGCUUUGCUCGAGCAUUGCAGCUCCCUCGAGGUGUAAAGGACGAAGAAAUCAAGGCCUCAAUGGAGAAUGGUGUUUUGACUGUGACGUUCCCAAAGUCGACGCCAGAGGCCGAGCCCAAGAAAAUAACAAUCUCCUGA